AUGACCAAACGACUGGAAGUCGACCCCACUAAGAUACCCGCACCAGACUUUGCAAGCGGAGCCUACGCAUUCAUGCGAAAUGCGCUGAUCACAGACGCGAACACCCCCGAAAUUACCACAGACGAGCUCGCCAUUGAACACCUUAAAGCCCAGUGGGCAAUUCACAUUGAGGCACUGAAGAUUCAAUACGAAGCACAACUGCAGGACGCGGAGACCUUGAGAGAACAGCGGAGACAGGAGGAAGCAGACGCCGAGAGACUCGCUGCAGCUGAACAGCAGGAGAAAGAGAAAGAGCUAGCGAAAGAAGCCGAGAAAAAGCGCUUGCCCAUAUACAGCUUCCAGAAAGGAGUUGGAGUAGACUCGAUCCCACUGCAGCUUCACCCAUAUGCCAAAAAGAUGAUGACCGCCCGAAAGUACGUUCCCCUAUGGUACUUCCUCCCCGAUGCUGCGAUAGAGGCGAAGGAACGCAGCAAGGAUUCUUUGGACACCAAUCAUCUGCAAUUCGCAAUAGAAGACGGCGAUACACUCUCGGGGUCAACCGUCUCCUUAGUGGGAUCUCACACCGUUCGUGCCUCACCAAACGCCAUUCCUGACUCCCGACUAUCCUGGCCUCAAGUCAUGCGAGCGAAGAGUGCUUUCCUCAACGCACUAGGGCUAGGGACGUGGCCAGACAACUACAUAGCCAUGUUCGGGGCCUUCUACAUCAACAUGGACAUGCACCGUGAGCUACAGGAGAAAGACGGAGACCAGGUAAUGGCCCAUUACCACGCAGAGAUGCGACUAGCUUGGUACGACGCGAUGGAAAGGAAGGAACCGUUCGACCUCUCAGUGAUAUCGGACCGAGUGAUUGCAGAAAGCCGUCGAGAAAUUAUCAAGCAAAAACAGGAAAAGAGUCUGAAAGGUAAGCAGCCCCCCAUGAAGUAA